UCGGACGGUCGAUCCUUAUCUGGCCGACAUAAUUUCAAAGUUCAUUUUCAGCAAGUGUCAAUCAGCAUCGAAGCUUCUUUUUAAAAGUGGAAAUAAAUGGCUGCUUGUAAAGACCUGCCAUAUCAGGUUGAGUAUGCCAAAAGUGGCAGAUCGAUUUGUAAACUUUGUAGGCACCUUAUUGAUUGUGGCUCUUUGAGACUGGCCAUCAUGCUACAGUCACCACAUUUUGAUGGAAAAAUGCCAAAUUGGCACCAUUAUGAAUGUUUCUGGAACAGGGUUCGCUGCCUGAAGACAGACGACAUACAUGGUUUCAAAAAAAUUCGCUGGGAUGACCAGGAGAAGAUUAAAAAAUCUAUAGAAGCUGUCAAAGGUGGGAAGAAAUCGGCAAAAGGUUCAUCAUCGUCAGGAGGGAAGGCUGAGGACAUCUUUUAUGGAGAUUACAAAGUGGAGUAUGCCAAGUCUAGCAGAAGCACUUGUAGGUCUUGCCAUUGUUACAUUGACAAGGAUGAGCUGAGAGUAAGCAAGAAAGACUACACGAGCGAAAAAGCCCUGAUGUAUGGGCCUCAAGAUGAAUGGCACCACCUCAAAUGUUUCAAUGAACAUCGACUGCAACUGCAAUUCCCAGAAAGCAUGGAUCCAAAGAUGCUGUCCGGAUUUAAAAGUCUCUCAGCUGAUGAUCAAAAGCUGGUGCUUGAAACUCUUGGCAAGCCAAAAACACAAAAAAGAAAGCUGGAUGGAGAGAAAGGUGAUGCAGGACAACCAGGUGUGAAACAUAAGAAGGAAGAUGAUGAUGAUGACGACGACGAUGAAGAGUUGAUGAGGGAACAAAGUUCUCUGGAGUGGCAGAUGAGAGACAAAUUGCAGGAAUGUGUGCCAAGCAGUGAUGUUAAGGCUCUUCUCAAAUUCAACAAAAUAAAAAUUCCAUCUGGAGCAUCCAAGAUCUUAGAUUGCAUAGCAGACGCCAUGGUGUUUGGAACACUUGCCCCAUGCCCUGAAUGUCAAGGACAACUUCGUUUGAGUGGUGCCGUAAGUGGCUACCGGUGCACAGGGGAUAUUUCAGAGUGGACCAAGUGUCAGUACAUUACUGACGACCCCGAAAGAAAGGAGUUCCUUAUUCCUAAAAAGUACCUAGAAAACAACCCUUUCCUGGCAGAGUACAAGUUUGAAGCAAGAAAGAAAUAUUUCCCAAAGUCAUCCAACAUAUCCAUCGAAAAUCUUCAAGCAUCUCAGUCGUCUACAACAGACAGUCAGAUCAUCAAGAAGGAAGUCGGUGUCGAACCAGCUGCUGCAUCGUCAUCAGCAUCUCAGCCAUCUGCGUCAACGUCAUCGCAACUUGCAUUCAAACCGCUGGAUGGUCUGCGAGUAUCAUCAGGUGGUAAGUUGGCUCUGAAGAAGGAAGAAAUCAAGCAGCUGGUUGAGAAGAUGGGAGGAAAGUUUUUUGAACCAGUUUACAGAAACGUCCACUUUGCCAUCAGCAACAUUGAGAACAUAAGCAAGACGAACAGACAUCAGACAAUCUGGCAGGUCCAACGAGUGCCAGUCGUGGACAUCCACUUCUUAACUGACCUGGAAAGCAACGUAGAUGAGGACUUUCAAACAAUUUUCAAGAAACACACCAUCUCAAACUGGCCCUGUGAUCAAGUUAAAAUAAUUGAAGCGAAACCAAAUGUCCGACCUUCUACUGUUUUCCUCAAAAAGGAAGUAUCUUUAAGAGAGGAGAUCCCGAUGAUGGCGAAGAUGGUGGUGAAGGGAGGAGCAGCUGUUGAUCCUCUGUCAGGUCUUGAAUACCAGGCCCACGUACUGCAAGGUGAGUCGAAGAAGGAUCUGUACACCUCAGUGUUGGGACUGGUUGACGUGGCCAAGGGAACCAACUCCUUCUACAAACUUCAAUUGCUAGAAGCAGAUAGUGGAUACGAUUGGUGGCUGUUCAGAUCGUGGGGAAGAGUGGGCACCGCCAUUGGUGGGACAAAGUUGGAAAAAUUUUAUGACGUGGAGGAAGCCAUUGAGGCUUUUGAAAAGUUCUAUCGUGAGAAAACAGGAAAUGUAUGGUCCAAGAAAAGUUCGUUUAAAAAGAUGCCAUACAAGUACUUCCCACUGGAUAUAGAUUAUGGCAAUGAAGCAAAUGAUGAGGGGAAUGAUAAGAUAACCCAACUGAUGAGUGCAUCCACUUCAUCAAAACUUGCACCUGAGGUACAAGAUUUGGUGCGCCUCAUCUUUGAUGUCGAGAACAUGAAGAAGACCAUGCUCGAGUUUGAGAUCGAUCUAAGGAAGAUGCCCCUGGGAAAGUUAUCAAUGAAGCAGAUAGAAAGUGCCUACUCCGUUCUCACCGAUGCUCAGCAACUGAUAAGCACCGGUGGUUCGCAAUCGUACAUCUUGGAUGCCUCCAAUAGAUUCUACACACUCAUCCCACAUGACUUCGGUCUGGCAAAACCCCCCUUGCUAGACAAUGAAGAUAUCAUCAAGACGAAGGUAGCCAUGUUGGACAACUUGCUAGAGAUUGAAGUUGCGUACAAUCUUCUCAUCAGUGGCUCCAAGGCAGGCGUUACCGGCGACGUCGAUGACAAUUACAAUAAGCUGAAGACGGACAUAGCUGUACUCGACAAAUCAUCAGAGGAAUUCCAAAGGAUAUGUCAGUUUGUAAAGAAUACUCAUGCAGCUACACAUGACGAAUAUGAUCUACAAGUCUCCGAGGUGUUCACAAUAAGUCGACUUGGCGAAUCGAAAGUGUACGAAUCGUUCAAGUCGCUACACAACCGCAUGCUGUUGUGGCACGGAUCCAGGCUGACAAAUUAUGCAGGCAUCCUGUCGAAAGGUCUCAGGAUUGCUCCUAAAGAAGCUCCUUCUACAGGUUACAUGUUUGGCAAGGGUAUUUACUUCGCGGACAUGGCUUCAAAAAGUGCCAACUACUGCUUCACAUCCAGGAAAGAUCCGACGGGUCUCAUGCUGCUCAGUGAAGUUGCCCUUGGAAACAUGCAUGAGUUAACACAGGCCAACUUCAUAACAGAACUCCCCAGAGGAAAACACAGCGUAAAAGGUCUUGGUACCACAGCACCUGAUCCGAAGCAGAAUUACGUGUGUGAAGAUGGUGUCGUCAUUCCAAUGGGCAAAGGAGUAAAAACGAAAGUUAAGCUGACCAGUCUGCUGUACAACGAGUACAUUGUUUACGACGUGGCACAAGUCAACAUGAAGUACCUCCUCAAAUUGAAUUUCAAAUAUAAAAGGUCAAGAUAUUAGACAGAUGGGUGAUAAAUUUGUGAUAAGAUUUUGUAACAUUCUGUUCUUUAUGACAAUCAUCAUGAUUGCGCAAUUGGCUGAGGUUUUUAACAAUGUUCGCUUUUACACUUGAUUUCUAUUGAUGAUAUUUCAUAAUACUGUUUCAUUUAUUAUGUCUUUAUUUACUUCCAUUUGGUUUCAACAUUUGAUAAACACGAAGUGUCCUUUUAAAUGUUCGUGGUCUCUCAAAAUGGCAUACUAUUA